AUUGAGGACAUAAUAUCCAAACAUUACACAACACGGAAUACACAAAACCCCAGGGAUUUGAUUGACACCUACCUGACCCAGUUUGAGAAUGACAAGGACAAUCCCAACAGCAGCUUCUCAGAAGAGAAUCUCAUGUUGAUAUUAGACCUCUUUGUUGCUGGCACAGAGACCACUUUCACCACGUUACGCUGGGGCCUGCUCUUUAUGAUGAUAUACCCUGACAUUCAAGCCCGUUGCCACGAGGAGAUUGACAGGGUUGUUGGAUUAAAGCGACUGCCACACACGGAGGACAGACACAACCUGCCAUACACAGUAGAUGCCGUGAUCCAUGAGAUACAGCGAUUUGGCAGCAAUGUUGUUCCACUUGGUGUGGGGCACACAACCACCAAGGAUGUAGUGUUCCAGGAAUAUUUGAUUCCAAAGAACACACUGGUAAUGUUAAACUUGAUGUCUGUUCUCAAUGAUGAAAGCCAGUGGAAAACACACAAAUUCAAUCCUAACAACUUCCUAGAUAUAAAUGGUCAGUUUGUCAAGCCAGACACAUUCCUACCAUUCUCCGCUGGCCCCCGUAUAUGUUUGGGAGAACAUCUGGCCAAAGUGGAGCUUUUUAUUUCCUUCAUAUCGCUACUGCAGCAUUUGAGAAUUAUUGGCCUGACACUGUCUCAUCACCUUCCCUGGAGUCUAUUUCCCAGGCUACACCAGCUCCCCAGCCAUACAAACUAAGCCUUCCUUUGCGCAACUAAAUACAGGCAUGUAUGUAUUGGCCCUUGUUGGUAACAUUCUAUAGCUGGGUUCAUUAAUUGAAGGCCUCCUUAUGCCAUGUCUGUCAUGCGGGUUUGACCAUGCAUCAUCGUACUUUGUUGGCAGCAGAAGACUAUGCAGAAAAAUGUAUUGUUGCUCCAACAGAAAUGUUCCCUACCUUUACCAACCUGGACUCACCAGAAAUACGGUCAUAUAAUCUCCUUAACCCGCAGAAUGUGUGGAGGCCCUCAUUUAGGUAUUAGAGAUAUAUAUUAGUUGUAUAUUGUUCAUGUACAGCAUAACAUAAAAGGAUGCACACUACCAGUUGUUGGACCAUGUCUUGCAAUGGAUGUAUAGAAACAUCGCUUGCAUGUUUAAACAAAAUAUAAUUUACUAUUUUCUAAAUAGAUGGAAAACAAUAUUGUCCUAUAUAUAAUAUGAGUAGCUCAAUAGGAGAACACAAGUGGUCCUGCAUGGAAUACUUAAAGUUGUAUGGAAUAGGAAAAAUGAUCUACAUGGCUGGACAUGAGACAAUAUUACACCAUUAAUAGGAUUGAAAAAAGGCAUGAGUUGAUAGUGUCAGGGCCCACCCUCUCAUCCCCUGUGGUACUCAUCACUGAUGCUUCGGCAUCAGGGAGCACGCCUCUAGCGUGGGGGCUGUCAUGGCAUACAGUACUUCCAGCCAGCUGCGCCCACAUUCUCGCCAGUAUCGGAGCAUCGGCAUUCUUAUAAAAGUAUUUUCGUGUUACCACACACAUGCUAUGACUAAUUGAUUUAAAAAUACUCACACAUGAGCUUUCACACAUACGCACACCACAAAUGCACAAUACAGGCAGACCUCCAAUAGCACGACCCUGGAUAAGGUUGAUUCGUUAUAGCACUCAUUGACCUGGAAAAUAUUUUUUCAAAAAAAUCUAGGAACAUGCAGCAGUGGUGGCCGAGGAAACGUACCCACCCCCAUAAUUGGCUCAGCCAAUACACUCGAAGCCAACUAGACCCCACCUCCCGCAAUUAGAUUACAUUUAAAAUCGAUGUUUUCUCUCUCAAUGUUAUUACAGUACAUUUAGCCACGUGAGAACUCACAUGACCAGGGUAUAGUCUGGGGCUCCAUCUAAAAGAAACAUUCACCACAGAAAUUUUGACUGAAGGCAUCACGAAUAUAACAGAGGUCCUGGAGCUCUGGAGCACAGUAGAAUUCACUCAUGUGUACGGUAUAUAACUGAUGUUAGAACCAACAUUUAUUUAUUUAUGAAAUAAUGUUUGCCGUCAUUAUUAUUAGCGCUGUUACCAAUACCUGAAUGAAGCCCUCAUAUAUUGCUUAUACGAAAGAAAUAACGCUGUCAGGAAUGCAUCCCUAUAUAUAUACAACAAUAUAAUGACCCCUUUUAGUUCUUAUUCGAUUAGCGCUCACUUUUCUAGGAGCGCUAAGUGAGGUACUUAGCACUUGUGAUAUUCUCAUCAAAGUCACAUGGCCUUCAACAUGUUCUUACGAACAUGCACGAGUCUAGACAAUGUGCAGCUUUUGUGAGUUUACUUGGGCGAAACAAAUCCCGGCUAGGGCGUGGCCAAGCCACGCCGAGGGGAAUACAGGGUGACCCAAAAAAAAGGGGCCCCGUGCACACGGGGCCUAUUAGAGUUGGGGCCCGUUUUUUUUGGGUCACCCUGUAUAAGCAGC